CUAUUUUUUUUUUUUUUGAUAAGCCGUGUACCUCUAAUCUAAUUCUCACUUCGCUGCGACUAUCACACCCGACCCUAGCCAUUGCCGUAGCAUGGCGUUCCCAACUGACCCCGUCUCCAACUUCCUCCAAUCUGCCACUUCCAAUCUCCUCUCCCUCUUCACUGCCCACAAAUCGACGGCUCCCUCGUCCUCUCUAACCUCGCCUCCUCAUAUCUGCCUCCCACUUCUCCUCCCCUUCUCCAAUUCACCUUUAGACUCGGGUCUCCCUGCCAUCAAGGGUGGCGUCCCAUCAUCUCCCGAUUCCGGCUUCUCCUCCGCAUUCCCAUCCACAGUCAGGGUUUCCGGGCUCAACUCCAACGGCAGGGGUGGUGGGCCCGCCUUCGUGGGCCAGGUCUUCAGUAUGUGCGACCUUUCCGGAACUGGUCUCAUGGCCGUCUCCACCCACUUCGACAUUCCCUUCCUCUCCAAAAGAACACCCGAUUGGCUUAAGAAGAUUUUUGCAACAAUUAAUAAGAGUGAAAGAAAUGGCCCUGUAUUCCGUUUUUUUAUGGAUUUAGGUGAUGCGGUGGCAUAUGUCAAAAGGUUGAAUAUCCCAAGUGGUGUGGUGGGUGCCUGUCGUCUUGAUUUAGCAUACGAGCAUUUCAAGGAAAAACCUCAUAUGUUCCAGUUCGUUCCAAAUGAGAAACAGGUCAAGGCUGCCAACAAACUUCUGAAGACGAUCCCACAGAAUGGAGGAGGCAAAAAGGUUGAUGGUGUUCCCGUUUUUAGUGCUCAAAACCUGGAUAUCGCAAUAGCAACUACAGAUGGGAUUAAGUGGUAUACUCCAUACUUCUUUGAUAAAAAUGUUCUUGAUAACAUUCUUGAAGAAUCUGUUGACCAACAUUUCUAUUCUUUAAUUCAAACUCGGCACAUGCAACGUCGACGGGAUGUCAUUGAUGACAACUUGGCCGCAGAAGCAAUUGAAGAGAUGGGUGAUAACUUGUGGGAGCCUCCAGAGGUUCAAGAACUGCUGGAUGAGAUGGGCAAUCCUGGAAUACCUUUGAGUGUUAUUUCAAAGGCUGCUGAAAUGCAGCUUCUUUAUGCAGUUGACAAAGUAAUUCUCGGUAACAGGUGGUUGCGGAAAGCUACAGGCAUACAGCCAAAGUUUCCUUAUAUGGUUGACUCAUUUGAGAAAAGGAGUGCUGCUUCUGUUCUGAGAGCAUCAGAGUCCGGCAGCUGUCUUGCCAACCCUGAGAUGGGAAAAAAUGACAGUAAAGAUUAUCAACACCAAGGCACUUCAGAACUCACAUUAAGAGAUAAUAUUCAAGUGAACCGAGGUUACAUACCUGAUUUCAGGUUACCUUUUAUUGAUUUGUUUAGUCAUAUGUGGGCAAAAAAAUCAUGCCAAACAGAAGACUCGUUGAAGGAAUGCAUAAAACAAAAUCUAAAGCCAAAUCCUUUUCUUCCAAAGAUUACAAUGGUUGGAAUCACAACUGGGGAGGCAGGUCAGAUGACUAAAGCCAGUUUAAAGAAGACAAUGGAGGAUCUAACAAAAGAGUUGGAGCAAACAGGACAGGCGCAUACUGGAAAUGCCACAGGUAGUAGUAGUAGUAUUAAUGACUUUAAAAGUGAAGAUAGAGAUCCACUAUUUGUAGCAAAUGUGGGGGAUUACUAUUCUGGCAUGGCAAAGACUGGUUCAGCGCGAUGGGUUCGUGGCAGAAAUAUUUAGAAAAGAUAGUUGCUUUGCUGUGGUGAUAUUUUAUCUCUGGAAAGAAAAAAUAUUCCGUUCCCACCAAAAGGAAGGCAAAAUUAGGGGGGAGAGAGAGAGC